UUCCUUGCAAUAUGACAAGAUACAAGGAGAUUAGGAGUUUAUUGAACACUCCAUCUUAUUACCUUUGGCUGUAUCAUUUGACUAUAUAAAGCAAAAUGACCGAAAAUUUUGUUUAGAUGGACAAAAUGGAGACCAGGAUUGCCAUCGGAUUGUUCCUUGUGCUCUGCAUAGCAUGGCAAGCCCACGCCGCGGUAAACUGCACAUCUGCUGGCCGAUUCGCCGACACCGAUGACACCACCUGCCAAAACUAUACUCUUUGCGUCUAUAACAGCACCUCCGGCACUUUCAUCUCCUACAACUACACCUGCCCAACGACUUCUGUCUUCAGUCCUACAAUUUCAGCAUGCACUGCCUCCACUAAUUACGUCUGUAAUGUGACAAACACCACUGAUAGCAGCUCUUCAGUUUGCACCGCCGAUGGCUACGUCGCAGACCCCAGCUCAACAGAUUGUUCGUCUUACAUAGAGUGCGUCGAAGUCAACGGCACUUAUACCGAAACGACCUACACCUGCCCAAAUGGUACAUAUUUCAAUCCAAAUACAACCCUUUGCGAAAGUGAUUAUAACUGUACAACCACUUCAACAUUCACGUGCACUACAGCGGGGAGAUUUGCUGAUACGUCAGACACAACAUGUCAAGAUUAUUUCUUCUGUGUCUAUGAUAGUUCGACGUCUUCUUUCAUCCAAUAUAACUAUACUUGUCCUACUUCUUCACUUUUCAAUCCGACCUCUUCAAUGUGUACUGCAUCUUAUACAUGUACUAAUUGAUUUACUUACACACAUUAAAAUAAUUUGUCAUUGUGCUAUGAAUUUGGAAAUGAGUAUGUUAUUAAAUUAAGCAGUUUAUGAGAUGA